AUGGCUGACUACGAGGACGAAUACGACUACGAGAACUACGGAGACGAGGAUGAAGGCAUCACUCCCGAGGAUUGCUGGACUGUCAUCUCCUCCUUCUUCGAAACCAAGGGUCUCGUAUCGCAGCAGACCGACUCUUUUGACGAAUUCACCCAGACGACGAUCCAGGACCUCGUAAACGAAUACUCCACCAUCACACUCGACCAGCCAAACCCUCCUUCGCCACCCGGCCGAACAAUAGCCCUUCGUCGAUAUGAGAUCAAGUUUGGAAGCGUCAUGGUGUCACGUCCCACUAUCAGUGAGACGGACGGCACUGUGACUUCUCUGCUCCCUUACGAGUGCCGAGACCGUAACUUGACCUACGCCAGUCCCCUCUAUAUCAAGAUCACUAAAAAGGUGUCGGCUGCUGUUGAGAGGGAGGUUCCCCUGCACGAAAUGGACGAUGCUCAGCAGGAGGAAUACGCAAGAACCGGCGAACACCCUACAAAGCUCGAGUGGGAAGAGGAGGAGAACGGCGAAGAUGACAACAUCGGCAAGUCUGAUGACUGGAAGGACAUGGUCUUCGUUGGCAAGCUGCCCAUCAUGGUCAAAUCCAAGAUUUGUCAUCUGAGCCGUGAACAGGAUGAUAGCCUGUUCCUUGUCAACGAAUGUCCCUACGAUCAGGGUGGCUACUUUGUUAUCAACGGCAGUGAAAAGGUCCUCAUCGCCCAAGAGAGAUCCGCCGCCAACAUUGUCCAAGUCUUCAAGAAGGCCCAGCCCAGUGCCUAUACCUAUACGGCUGAAAUCCGAAGUGCGCUGGAAAAGGGCUCACGGCUCAUCUCUAGCAUGAUGCUCAAGCUGUAUGGCAAGGGAGACUCUGCUCGUGGUGGCUUUGGCCAGACUAUCCACACCACCCUGCCCUUUGUCAAGUCAGAUCUUCCCGUCGCCAUUGUCUUCCGUGCCCUGGGUGUCGUUUCUGAUGAAGAUAUCCUCAACCACAUUUGCUACGACCGCAACGACAGCCAGAUGCUGGAGAUGCUUCGACCUUGUAUUGAGGAGGCCUUCUGUGUCCAGGACCGAGAGGUUGCUCUGGAUUUCAUCGGAAAGCGUGGAAACCGAGACCAAGCUGGUCUCGGACGCGAGAAGCGUGUCCGCGUGGCCAAGGAUAUCCUUCAGAAGGAGACUCUUCCCCACAUUUCACAGACAGAGGGAAGUGAAACCAGAAAGGCAUUUUUCUUGGGAUACAUGGUGCACAAGCUGUUGCAAUGUGCGCUCGGAAGAAGAGAGCCCGACGAUCGUGACCACUUUGGAAAGAAGCGUCUGGAUCUGGCGGGUCCCCUGCUGGCAAAGCUGUUCCGUGGUAUCAUGCGAAGGAUGAACACUGAGUUGGCCAACUAUCUGAGACGAUGCGUCGAGGGCAACCGACACUUCAACCUUGCUGUGGGUAUCAAGCCCGGCACGCUUUCAAACGGAUUGAAGUAUUCGCUUGCCACAGGAAACUGGGGUGAUCAGAAGAAGGCCAUGAGCUCAACUGCAGGUGUGUCCCAGGUGCUUAACCGUUACACGUUUGCUUCGACCCUAUCACAUUUGCGUCGUACCAAUACUCCUAUCGGAAGAGAUGGUAAGCUCGCAAAGCCUCGACAGCUUCACAACACGCACUGGGGUUUGGUCUGCCCGGCCGAGACACCCGAGGGACAGGCUUGUGGUCUGGUCAAGAACUUGUCUUUGAUGUGUUACGUCAGUGUCGGUUCUCCCUCCGAACCUCUGAUUGAGUUCAUGAUCAACAGAGGUAUGGAAGUCGUGGAAGAGUACGAGCCGCUGCGGUAUCCUCAUGCUACAAAGAUUUUUGUGAACGGUGUCUGGGUUGGAGUCCACCAAGACCCUAAGCACUUGGUGAACCAGGUCCUGGACACUCGUCGCAAGUCCUAUCUGCAAUACGAAGUCUCUCUCGUGAGAGAAAUUCGAGACCAGGAAUUCAAAAUCUUUUCCGACGCAGGCCGUGUAAUGCGGCCAGUCUUUACCGUUCAGCAGGAAGAUGACCCGGAAACGGGCAUCAACAAGGGCCACCUGGUAUUGACCAAGGAGCUCGUCAAUAGAUUGGCCAAGGAGCAGGCUGAACCUCCGGAAGACCCCAGCAUGAAGAUUGGAUGGGAGGGAUUGAUUAGGGCUGGUGCGGUUGAAUAUCUCGACGCCGAGGAAGAGGAGACGUCCAUGAUCUGCAUGACGCCAGAGGAUCUCGAGCUGUAUCGUCUUCAGAAGGCUGGUAUUAACACUGAGGAAGACAUGGGAGAUGACCCGAACAAGCGACUAAAGACCAAGACAAACCCGACUACUCACAUGUACACCCAUUGCGAGAUUCACCCAAGUAUGAUCUUAGGCAUCUGUGCUAGUAUCAUUCCUUUCCCCGAUCACAACCAGUCCCCCCGUAACACUUACCAAUCUGCCAUGGGUAAGCAAGCUAUGGGUUUCUUCCUCACAAACUAUUCCCGGCGCAUGGACACCAUGGCCAACAUUCUCUACUACCCCCAGAAGCCGCUGGGUACCACUCGAUCCAUGGAGUUUUUGAAGUUCCGAGAGUUGCCUGCUGGUCAGAACGCCAUUGUAGCCAUUGCCUGUUACUCUGGUUACAACCAGGAAGAUUCCGUCAUUAUGAACCAGAGUAGUAUUGACAGAGGUCUUUUCCGAAGUCUCUUCUUCCGAUCAUACUCGGAUCAGGAGAAGAAGGUUGGAUUGAACUACACCGAAGUGUUUGAGAAGCCAUUCCACCAAAACACUCUUCGCAUGAAGCACGGCACAUACGACAAGCUGGAUGAAGACGGUAUCGUUGCUCCUGGUGUCCGAGUAUCUGGUGAAGAUAUCAUUAUUGGCAAGACGGCGCCGAUUGACGCUGAGACACAAGAUCUCGGUACCAGGACGACUAUGCACCAGAGGCGAGAUAUCUCAACUCCUCUGCGUAGCACUGAGAACGGUAUCGUUGACUCUGUCAUUGUGACAGUGAACGCGGACAAUGUCAAGUAUGUCAAGGUCCGUGUCCGAACGACCAAGAUUCCUCAGAUUGGAGACAAGUUCGCCUCUCGUCACGGUCAAAAGGGCACUAUUGGUGUUACUUACCGACAAGAGGACAUGCCCUUCACAAGAGAAGGUGUCACUCCAGACAUCAUCAUCAACCCUCACGCCAUUCCAUCCCGUAUGACAAUCGCUCACUUGAUUGAGUGUCUCCUAAGUAAGGUCUCUACGCUGGAAGGUAUGGAGGGUGAUGCCACCCCCUUCACGGAUGUCACCGUCGACUCGGUCUCAGAGCUGUUGCGAAAGCACGGCUACCAGUCACGAGGCUUUGAGAUUAUGUACAAUGGCCACACAGGCCGCAAGCUGAGAGCCCAGGUGUUCUUUGGACCAACAUACUACCAGCGACUCCGUCACAUGGUGGACGACAAGAUCCACGCUCGUGCCCGUGGUCCCGUGCAGAUUAUGACAAGACAACCCGUGGAGGGUCGUGCCAGAGAUGGUGGUCUCCGAUUCGGAGAAAUGGAACGUGAUUGUAUGAUUGCUCACGGUGCCGCGUCCUUCCUCAAGGAGCGAUUGUUUGAGGUGUCAGACGCCUUCCGAGUUCACAUUUGCGAGAUUUGUGGACUCAUGACGCCUAUUGCCAACCUCUCUAAACAAUCGUUCGAGUGUCGACCUUGUAAGAACAAGACCAAGAUUGCACAGAUUCACAUCCCUUAUGCCGCCAAGCUCCUGUUCCAGGAACUCCAGUCGAUGAACAUUGCGGCUCGCAUGUUCACAAACCGGUCUGGCGCGUCCAUCAGGUAA